UAGGCGUGCUUUUGCUUUGAGGCUUUGUGUUCACACAGCGCCAUGCAGCAUUUGAAGGAUUGCCCUUGGGACAAGAACUCACCCUGGAGGCCAGCCACUGUGCAGAUGGGCAUCACCAGCUUCGCACAGCGCGAGGAUGCGGCCAUUGCUAAGAACUCCUUCCGCUAUGGGGAGAUGAGCCCGAAAGUCGCACAGCCCUGUGGCCAAGAAGAGACCAUAAGGAUGGCCAUGCGUUGUCGUGAUGGAGCGCACUUUCCUUCAAGAGAGGCCUUGCGCUCGGCCAGCUACUUGCCCGGCGGCUGGGAGGACUAUCAACGUUUGGACAAGCCGGACUUCACCAAGAGCUUCUCAUACAUCAGGAAUGGCUGCGACUUGAAUGGCCGCAGCUCCAUGUUCGAAGCAUCUUUGCAGCGCCGUCCGCACACCACCGUGAGUUCUUCCUUGCGUGAGCCUUUGGUGCCGCCAGCACACAGCGAAUCCGUAGCGAAGACGACCACGCGCUUCUGGGGAGAUUUCACGCGCCCGAGCAGCUCGAUGGGGACCAUGCGGAUGUCCGCCAGUAUGCCGUUCCUCGAGGCGAAAUCCAGCUCGCCGUCCUCGUCAAGGCCACCCUAUCCCUUGAUCCGGGGUCUCAGCAGGGAGAAAGCCUUGAAUGCCAGCCUCCGCUUGUAGCGCCAGAUGACGCGAAACCAGGCGCUGAGGGCCGAGCUCUUUGAGCUCAUGAUUCGAUAUUCUUCUCCUAGCUGGAGGGGCACCUGGAGUGGCACGAAGCUUCGACCAUUGCCGAAC